AUGUCUACUAUCGAACAAAUCUUGGGAAAGUUCAAUGAUGUAGUGGUCCGAGUCCCAUCUCUGUAUUCAUUGUCGCCUUCCUGGUACCCCAGAGUGGUCCCAGACUUGGAACGAAAAGUGGAGGAACACAUAGAAUCAUGGCGUCAACGCUGGCUACCGGAGCCUACUGCUUACAAGCAGAACUUGGCUGCCGACUGCAGUUACAUCACACGCGCUAUCACUCCAGAUGCCAACGUGCCGAACUUGCAGAUUGGAGGACGGUUCGCUAGCUGGAAAGCCCUUUUGGGCAAGACUGAUACUGAACAACCCUCUGACUGGAAAGAUACUCCCACGACUAUGGCUGAAUCGUUUUACGACAUAGGAUUCUCGCUUCAAGAAGGCACCGAGCUUGGAGCAGUCAGAUUAGAAGAUGCGUUCCAGGACGGUAUCAUCUUGGACUUGGACGUCUAUAUAAAAGACAGGGCGGAAACUUCAGGUGUCUAUCCCACGAUAGGGCAAGCUUUGAUUCUACAGAAUAUCGCUCUCCCAGCUUGGUUUAUCAACCAUCCCGUGCCAAAGAAAAUGUUGAGACACACCAGCAUCAUGGUAGCACUGUGGGGCUGCAAACAUGUGGAUAACGUGAUCCCCUUGCUCGUUCAUCAUCAAGGAUUAGAUCCACAGGAGGCAGUUUAUCAUACAUGCCAAAUCAUUCAUGAUAGCUAUACUGCUUUCGAGAGCCUUGUGCCAGAUGUUCUUGCCCUUGCAUCUGAAAAUGGGUUAGCCGAGGGUUCAAUGUUUGUGACAGGUUGCAAAGAUGUCUGCAUGGGACUGGCGAGCUGGACGUAUGGACUCUCCCUCAAGUGA